AUGUUUAGUCGGUGCCAGCGGCGCGCCAUGAAUCGUGGGCAUCUCGCCCCUACACCAUCGAAGUACACCGACCAGCCUGGAAUGUGGGGACCUGGCACUGGACCAGUUAAGGACACACUUGCCCGGCGCUCCAUGUUCUUUCGUAUGUUGGUGAUGAACAAAAUUGGCCGUCUGACGAAACCCUUUCGUACAAACCGCGUACGAUGGAUCUGGCGGAAGACCCAACUGCAGUUGUGGAAGACAUUCGUCAUGACAAUGGUUUUCUUCUCUGCUGUGAUGUUCGGUAACAUAUGGUUGUCCUUUGUCUAUCACGCCUACACGGUGGGACCGACAACUCCCGUCCUUGAGCGCAAGGUACGUGAACACCGCGUGUCAAAACAAGUUUUGCAGAUGGUUAGGGAGCGAGAGAACGAACUGUUAGCUGAAGAAGAACUGGCAGCUGCAAAAGAGGCGAUCGCCGCUCAGAAGACAUUGUAG